AUGAUUUUUAUUCGCCGAUGCCCCCGGAGGCUACUUACCUUACCUCCGUAUCUAGAUCUUCUCCCUUCCACGCGACGCGCUAGGUCGCGGGCGGGCGCUGCCGACCGGCCGUACCUCCCUCAGUGGGGCUUUGCUUUGGGGCUUGGCUGGGGCUUUCUCAGGUGCCAGGCAAGCUCAUUCAGGCGGUGCCGUGGCACCAUCGCACCCGCGAGACAGCCGCCGCAUCACGACUCGCUGUUUGAGAACGGGCACCGGUGUGGAGAACAGCAGCAGCAGCAGCAACAGCAGCAGCAGCAGCAGCAGCGGCAGCGGCAGCAGCAACAGCAGCAACAGCAGCAAUCCAUCCAGUUUUACAUGACCAUCUGCGCACGAGGACGUGCGCUUUUUGCUGAUGGCGGGGCAGAUGUAACAUGA